UGAUGUUUUUAUUGUUGAUGUACCCUCGCCUUCAGAUAUUUAUUUGUCGAUGGAAGAUGGCUAAUUUUUGGCGGCUUUUCAAUCGUACACAGCUGUUUGUUUCGUGCUGCUAUUGGAUUUGCCAUCAUAUGAUUCCAAAUAUUUCUGCAGCUUUACCUGUUGGAUCUAACUGCACGAUCGAUGGUGAUUGUUUUAGCUUUGAAGCAUGCAUCAGGGAUAAACAAACAAGAGAGGCAUCAUGCCGCUGCACUCAAGCCCAUAUUUCCUGCAAGAGUGUGCUUUGUAAAAAUGGAGGUACCUUUCAGAGGCUAGGAAGCAGUUAUGUGUGCCAUUGUGAUCUCUACUGGACUGGAACAUUCUGUGAGAAUUUCAAAGGUUUGCCAGAUUCCCCUCCGAUCUCGACGUCUUGUAGCUCCAGUGAUUACCAGUGCAGAGAUGGCUCCUGCGUUGUUGGACAGUCCCUAUGUGAUGGGAUCCCAGACUGUUCUGAUGGUAGUGAUGAAAUAGCGUGUUCAUCGAUGAAGCCUAAUUCACAGUGUGCAAUCUGGGAGUUUGAAUGUGAGGACAUGACAUGCAUUCCACGUUACAAAUGCUGCGAUAGAUUCAGAGACUGCCAAAAAGGAGAAGAUGAAAUUAACUGCAAAACACAGUUACAGGAUGUUCCAGAACAGGAUCCUAAACCAGCUCAAUCUCCAUCUGGGGGCUCCAACCUUCUUAUCAUCACAUGCACCGUCCUCAUGACCGUCGUCAUAGUAACCCUCCUCAUCUACUUCCGUCGUGUCCGUAGCUCGCAGCGCCGGUUCUACUCACCUGUCAGCUGGACGCUCAAUGCCCACGGCGACGCCAUCAGUAUGCCGUAUCACGUCUCCCAGCAUGCAAAUUUCUGUCAUCACCUACCGCCGCACCGGUGCCCGAGGGUCAACGGGUUGGUCGGAUACCCGUUGAGCAGCGGGGACCAGGUGACGGGGGAACCGGACGUUUUGCUCGCCACGCUCGAAAUGACGGGUGGGCCGGGGCGUCUCUCCAACAGGGACAGGUCGAAGGAUCGCGAUGGCGACGAGAACGACAUCCCGCCGACAUAUUCGGAGGUCAUCAAGUCGGAUGCGGAUUCCCGCCGGAGAGCGGGUGACGAGACUCCUCCCCCAUCGUAUGAAGAUCUUUGAUUGGCUAUCCCAUGGAGGUGGUUCCUUUUGCGGGCCCUGCUUUCAUUUCAAGAGAUACCGAUUCAGAAUUCCUUUUGGGGAUUCCCCUUCGUCAUCUGACUGUUGAUAUCAGUCAGGCUGUGUUGGUUUACCCGGUGAUGUCCACCUUGCGAUCGGACGAAAAGACCGAAGAUGACAUAGGAUGUUCAUAUUUUAAAGGUUUAAGGUAUUACGUAUGUACCAAAAUUCAGUACUUAUCUGAUCAUAAUGUGCAUUGAAUGCACAUUGACUAUUUUGAUAUCGUCAGGGUUUGAAAUAAUGUACAUUUAAUUUCUGUUGUUUUUGUAGAGUUUAUGUUUGUAUACCCUUUAUAGUUUAUACCAAGUCCCUUAACUC